CGUCCGUCUUGUACGAAAUCUUUGGUAGCAUAUUAAUCAUUUAUAUGCUGCUCCCCCUCUCCCCUUCCUCACUUUCUCUCUCUCCUCACCUCCUCGUGAUCGUGGACGCUUCAGCAGAGAUCUCCCUCCUCCUCUUCCUCCUUUCUCUCUCCUCGCCGUGAAAGAUGGGGCUGUCGUUUACCAAAUUGUUCAGUCGGUUGUUUGCCAAGAAGGAAAUGCGUAUCCUUAUGGUAGGUCUCGAUGCGGCUGGUAAAACUACCAUUCUUUAUAAACUCAAGCUUGGAGAGAUUGUCACCACCAUUCCUACCAUCGGAUUUAAUGUUGAGACUGUGGAAUACAAGAACAUCAGCUUCACUGUGUGGGAUGUUGGAGGUCAAGACAAGAUUCGUCCAUUGUGGAGACAUUACUUCCAAAACACCCAAGGACUCAUCUUUGUGGUUGACAGUAAUGAUCGUGACCGUGUUGUUGAGGCCAGGGACGAGCUGCAUAGAAUGUUAAAUGAGGAUGAAUUGCGGGAUGCAGUAUUGUUGGUGUUUGCUAACAAGCAAGAUCUUCCAAAUGCAAUGAAUGCUGCUGAGAUCACCGAUAAGCUUGGCCUCCAUUCUCUACGUCAACGUCACUGGUACAUACAGAGCACAUGUGCCACCUCUGGUGAAGGGCUUUACGAGGGACUGGACUGGCUUUCAAACAACAUCGCUAGCAAGGCUUAGAAGAAACAAAACGAGUAACGUUAGCUGUUCUCAGGAAAGAAGUUGGAGUAUAGGCUGAGGACUGUUAUUACUGCUAGUGUUAUCUUCUUUAUUUUUCCAAUUAUAUGUUCUCAUUUUUGGUUGCUACCCGGACAAGGAUGCUUUCUUGUGUUCAUGUUGACUUGUUAUAAUACCAUACUUUUAGUUGGUGA